AUGACAGGCACGUCGCCGUUUACCGGUGCUCAUCAAUCGCCCUCAUUCCACUCCAACUCAUACAUUCCUAAAAUGGAGGCCGAGUAUCUGCGCAACUUCAUAUGUUGCGACUUGAAAUUGGACACGAUGCACGAUCUGCUUCGCCACUAUGAGACGGUCCACACGGGCCAGAAUGCCCAGCCGAACCGGAAUGGGUCCGGUAUCCCGAUGCCCCAUAGGCUUUCGGUUAGCAGCCGACAGUCUAUGUCGAUGGGAGCUGGACGACAUGAUUCGCAAGGCUUUCAACAUCAGUCGCAGAUGGGAUCGAGUCAAAGGUUCGGAAAUAUAGGGAGCAGCAACCUCAGCCCCGGAAUGGGUUUCGGUGGAAUCCAGAUGGGAAGACAGUCUUCGGCCAUGGACUCCAACGUCCAGAAGCGAACACAGCAGCUGGACCGAAUGCAAUCCAACGACGAGAUGGAUGCUGUUGGCGACAUGGAAAUGGAUGACACUGUCGGUAUGAUGGAGAUGGACGAUAACCAACGAACUAUCCAACAGACCCGACAAAUGUUCGGGCAGCAACAAAGGCCUCAACUACAAUUGACCACCCCGGGGCUACAGCACCAGGCUCUCCGAACGUCGCAGCCGUCCACACCCGGUGCUAAUAACUUUGGCUUCCAGAACAAUCCUACAGUCUCGUCAGUCAACACGCCUACCUUGACAACGCAGCAAGCCGCAUUAGGGCAACAAAUGAGUGGAAACAAGGAUGGGAUGGGGGAUAUGGACUUCUCUUCGCUCAAUAGCCUAAACCUCAACAACAUAGGGGAUUUUAAUAGUUCUAGUCUCUCCGAAUUUUUCAUCGACGACCCGGCCAAGAGGCUCUACAGCCCGAACGGUGGACCGGCAAGCCAGAGAGCGUUGCAGCAGCAGAUGGCUCAAUUUGGACUCGACGCAAGUCAGUUUGGAAACAUCACGGAUCCCAACCAUUUGGCAGCGCUGCAACGUGCGAUCGCGAACCCUGGUUCCUUGGUAAUACCGCCGGAGGAGGACAAACCCUUCAAGUGUCCAGUUAUUGGAUGCGAGAAAGCUUACAAGAAUCAGAACGGCUUGAAGUACCACAAACAACAUGGUCAUCAAAAUCAACAGCUCCAUGAGAACGGAGACGGUUCUUUCUCCAUCGUAAAUCCUGAGACAUCUGCGCCUUAUCCGGGCGAGACGGGUAUGGAGAAGGAGAAGCCACACAAGUGCGAAUAUUGUCACAAGCGCUACAAGAACUUGAACGGUCUUAAAUACCAUAAGCAACAUUCGUCUGCCUGCGAGAUCCAAGCCCAAGCGGCUAACAUCCGCGCCAACCUUGCAGCCAACAGCCAGAUGUCCUUUAACAUGGGCAACAUCAGCCACGGACUUCCCGGAAUUGGUGAAGAGAUGCAGUUAUAG